AUGGUUCACUCUCUCUCUAUCUCUGUCUCACACCCAUGAGAAUUCCAAAAGAGACUAGGGCCCCCGACCUGAGUAGGUUCACAUUAAGCUUUUUCCCAUAUUUCAGUUUGUGGAGUGCUUCUUUCUUUCCACUCACCGUUUUUUAUCCAACCAUCCGGCUAGCAGUUCAAAAAUGUCUCGAGGAGAGCUCUACCGAGCCGUCGGUCGGUCGGUCUGUCGUCGACUUCGACCGGCAUCGGGGUUUCUUCCAACUUGACUUCCAAGACGUGUGCUUGUGUUUGGCCGCUCUCUGGGCUGGGACUGUAGGUGUGGGUAUGUCGCCAGGACGGGGACCUGGAACCGAGGGGUGUUGCAGAGCAGUUUACAGCUUGCGUCAGAGAGAAUGAGUCAACAACAGCCCGCGCAGUGGUGGUCGUCGCCCGCUUCUGGACUUCUUUGUGCUGCUGUUGGUGCUGUCCCCUACGUUUUCGAAUCCUCCAGCCGAGAAGGGGGCAUGGAGGAAAGAUCGAAAGACCGAAAAAGAGGCAGCGACUUCGAGGCGGAAUUGCGCCACUCCAGUCUUUUAGUUGAUUGAAGUUAUCGAAGGGGAUAAGACGGCGUUUUUAUGAUAAUUUUCCUCGUGUGGUUCUCUGUCGCGCUCUCUGGGAUUUAGGUGAGACCCGUCGUCGUUGUUCGGUUUGCGAUUCCGACGCGCUAUUGGCAGUGGGUGGUUGAAGAUCUUCAUGAAGCGAAGGGGCGGUGUGUUAUCAAGAUUAGCUUGUAGUGUGCUGAUUGUUUACCGAUUACGGUUGGCUGAUUAUACUCUGAUUGGGCCUCGUUGACAGAUAGCGGAAAAUAGAGCUGAUGAAAACAAAAUAUCGGAAGCCGCUAGAGGAAGCUGUUGAUGAAGUGAUUAUUCCAUGUUUUAUGAAUUAUUUAUCUCAGCUAUUGUGAGAUAUUGCGGUUUUAUUAAUACAAAAGUAAUCACUUGAGAUUACCGACUUACGAUAGUUAUAUGGUGGCUGGUUUGUAGUGGAUAUUGUGUGUGUGCGUUGUUUUGGCUAUCAAACGCAAUUUGUGAAAAGGCAGGAUUGAAGUGAUCGUGUGUGGGUGGCAGCUUUUAUAGAUCUGUAUUUAUGUGAUCGUCAUUAUCGGAGAAAGGCAAAAUGUCUUCACCGGCUUAAUUCAAUGCUUUAAUCGAUCCGGAUUUCUGAGUAAACUCAAGGCCCAAAAAAAUAAGAAGAAAAGUGUUGCUCAGCGAUUUUCGUUGAUGAUAGUCGUCCUUGCAACCAGCAGCACUGAACCUGAAAACUAGUGCCGUUGUCGUCCCCAUUGAGGAGAAAACUGCGUCAGCAUUCGGUUCAAUUAAUAUAGGCUGUGAUUUAUGCAAUGCAUCUGGUUACAGUAUACGAGUUUUCGUAGGCACAUUCCCCGCUUGUAGCAGCUCUUCGUCGCAUUGCACCGAGUCAAUUACAGGUCAUUAAUCGCUGCUCCCCUCGCAAGUAGCAGCAAACGAACGGUACACCAGUUUCUAGUGGCUGGUACCAGCGGAUCAUGUUUCACUCGACUGCAGCGGCCGCGUACUCCGACAUGACAGCAGCUGCGGUAGCGACGGGUAAUUCCGGGUCCUAUCACCAAACGGCCUCGGCAGCCGCGGCAGCAGCUGCAGCCGCCAACGCACCGGUCUACGUUCCCUCGAAUCGGGCACUGGGCCACUCGCAGUACGGACACGCGGCAAACUUCCCGACGCAGAAUGGGUGGCCCACGGAUGGAUUCGGCACGACCCACACCCAGCUACCGCCUCAGUUCUACGCGCAGAACGUGAUGAUGGGCUCCUGGCGCGCCUACGACCCGACCGGAUUCCAACGAACGUCACCAUAUGACAGUGCCAUGGACUUCCAGUUCGGCGAGGGACGGGAGUGUGUCAAUUGUGGGGCCAUCUCAACACCACUCUGGCGUCGCGACGGCACCGGUCACUAUCUUUGCAAUGCAUGCGGGCUCUAUCAUAAGAUGAACGGUAUGAAUCGUCCCUUGAUAAAGCCCAGCAAGAGAUUGACGGCGACGCGUCGGUUGGGCCUUUGCUGUACCAACUGCGGCACGCGGACGACCACGCUGUGGAGAAGAAACAACGACGGCGAACCGGUGUGCAAUGCGUGUGGGUUGUACUUCAAACUGCACGGGGUGAACCGGCCGUUGGCGAUGCGCAAGGAUGGCAUCCAGACGCGGAAGCGGAAACCGAAGAAAACGGGCGCGGGUGGCGCCUCGGAUGUGAUGGCCCUGGUGGGCGGCGCCAAGAAGGACGAUAUGAGUGAUGGAUCUCACCUACAAACCGAUCGCAACGGAAACUCCAAAAACCUAUCGGCAAGCCCGAAAACUCCAAGUCUAACAUCACCACCCUUGAGAUCUCUUCACAUCUCGCCUCACCACCAUCAUCACCACCAGGCGUACAACCUACCGUCCUCGUUGACAUCGUCGCACCAUGCGGCGUCACUGAAUCUGGGUGGAAAAUAUGAUCUCUCCUCGUUGUCCUCGACAGGAUCGCUGGGCAGCAUUAGUGGCGGCGGUGGCAAUGGCACUGGAACCGCUUCUUCAUCCCAUCAGCAAUCUCACAACACCUCUCACAUCUACAGCACCCCAACGUCCAACCCGUCCCACCAUUCAGUCGCGAACAACUACAUGCACAACACCGGUAAUAGCAUAGGAUCGUCACCGUUUGGACAGAUCAAGUCGGAGUCCAACCCGCUAGCAUCAUCGACCCCCACCUCGGUGGCAUCCAACGGGUACGGUGACUACAUGAACAACUGCCUCCAGGGUGGAUACUUUGGAGGAACCUUUGGUUCGUUGCAUUCUCACCACAGCCCCCAUUCGACCGGCAUGGGUGGAGCGGUCAAUGGAGCUCUGUCCCACAGCCACCAUCAUCACCACCAUCACAGUACGGCUGCCGAUCUGGCCGGGUACCACCACCAGCACAAUGUCAUACAGGCGGCCAAGCUGAUGGCUUCAUCCUAGGGAAAGGUUCCAGAGCCUCCCGAUAUGGAUUGUUAAUAGUACUUAAUCCAGUUAAGUUCCUCGCUUCCACAGCUUGACGAGUUUUAGAAGAUUCACGCUAAAAAUAAAUCACAGACUUCGGAGUUCAGAUUUCUGAAAAUAAGUCUAUAAAAAUCUGCAACUUCGGAGUCGGUGAUUUUGUUUUUUUGUAAUAUGCAACAGUUCGUUUCAUGUAGAUUCGACACCAUUAGGUGAGAAGACUUAUGGCAGGUAAAUUUUAUCUGAUCAAAAUUGCAUCUGUAAAUGACAAAUUGUAUAACGAUUUAUUAGCUUGUUAAGAAUAAUUAGGGAUAGUUUAUUGAGUAGUGAAAAAGUAACAUUUUUAAACAGAUUCGACAAUUUUGAAAAUUACCCGUGAUAGUUAUCAUUUUUCCUAUUAUUAUAUCAUACUUUCGUACAAGUUUGCUAAUUGAAGUGUACUGCAUUUCAAUUUCGUACUAUUAGUGAGUUAGGAUGAGUCCUAGGCAAAGAGUUGAAUCGAACAUCUCCUAUUGACAGUAUUGGCAAACGGAUGAGUUUACGUAGCAGCAACUAUUCAGAGCCUUCAAACGGCAACAACUUAAGCAAGAUAUUUAUUGUAAGUAUCAUACUAGUACACUUAAAAUAUUUUAUGCAAAAGUAUCCUAUUUAAUUUUAACCAUUCGAGAGUAAUUGCCACUGUAAAAUAUCAUUUGUUUGGUAAAUAAAUAAAUGAAUGCGCUUCA